UUUAGUGAUACUGAAUUCUAGCGCCUCGUUAUACAUGCUGUGUGCUCUAUUGCAACUCUCUGCAUCCGGUUGUGUCCUUUUGUGAAUAGGCCUAAUGUCGUGCGGUAUAGGAAGGGUCGUUAUUUUGUGCUCAGUGACACUAACCUACCAUGGCUAUGCAGGCACAGUAUGUUGCAGAAUCUGCAGAGGAGGAAAGUCUUGGGCCACAGGCUAUUUCACGACUAGAGCAAUGUGGUAUAAAUGCAAAUGAUGUGAAGAAGUUAGAGGAAGCUGGAUUUCACACUGUUGAAGCUGUGGCUUAUGCUCCAAAGAAAGAAUUGCUCAAUAUAAAAGGCAUUAGUGAAGCUAAAGCUGACAAAAUCCUGGCAGAGGCAGCCAAAUUGGUUCCUAUGGGAUUUACCACAGCAACAGAGUUUCACCAGCGGCGUUCAGAAAUUAUACAGAUAACAACAGGCUCCAAAGAGCUUGACAAGCUGCUUCAAGGGGGCAUCGAAACUGGCUCCAUUACAGAGAUGUUUGGGGAGUUUCGCACUGGGAAAACUCAGCUAUGCCACACACUGGCUGUUACUUGUCAGCUCCCCAUUGACAGAGGUGGUGGUGAGGGGAAGGCCAUGUACAUUGAUACUGAAGGCACUUUUAGACCUGAACGUUUAUUGGCUGUGGCUGAAAGGUACGGUUUAUCAGGCAGUGAUGUUCUUGACAAUGUGGCUUACGCUCGAGCUUUCAACACAGACCAUCAAACCCAACUGUUGUACCAGGCAUCAGCAAUGAUGGCAGAAUCUAGGUAUGCUCUUCUCAUUGUGGACAGCGCUACUGCACUUUAUAGAACAGAUUACUCUGGCAGGGGGGAGCUCUCUGCAAGACAGAUGCACCUGGCUCGGUUUUUGAGGAUGUUACUAAGGCUUGCAGAUGAGUUCGGUGUGGCAGUCGUUAUCACAAAUCAGGUGGUAGCCCAAGUCGAUGGAGCCGCCAUGUUUGCUGCAGAUCCAAAGAAGCCUAUUGGAGGAAACAUUAUAGCUCAUGCAUCCACUACUAGGCUGUACCUGAGGAAGGGACGCGGUGAAACCCGUAUCUGCAAGAUAUAUGAUUCUCCGUGUCUCCCGGAAGCAGAGGCUAUGUUCGCAAUUAAUGCGGAUGGCGUUGGUGAUGCAAAAGACUGAGCUCUUCACUAGUCUACACUGUCAUAUCAAACUAUUUUAAGACUGAGGAUAGUGAACUGUCUCAGGACUCCAGUUUCAGCCCAAGGAGACAGAGAAGGGGAUACCUUAAAGAACUGGAAGAGAUGAUCUGUCUCUGACCAGUAGGUCCCGGCUAUGUAACACUGCUUGCCUGCAAAAGACAUUUGACUUGUCCCUUGCAGUGGAAUUUAAAGCAGUCCUAUGUCAUGACACCAGCCAGAAUCUACAAGUAUUUUUGUUUGCUGGAUAAGGGCUUGGGACAUGUUUUAAUUUUGUUUCACAUCUUUACAUCUCUCUGGAAAUUACUAGCAGCAUCCAAACUCUGCAGUUAAUGUGUAUCAUGAGGCCUUCAAAAAUAACUAGCUGACCAAGUGCACUUUUACGAUUUGGGUAAACAGUCGUUAAGCACAGAAAUAUUAUAUAGAGGUUAUUUAAACUGCCAAAAAUACUUUACAUGCAAACAAGUGUUUUCUUUCAGCGUUUCUAACUAUCAGAAAUCUAUAAAUCGAUUCCUCAUAUGUAUGUAAAUAAACACGAUUGUUUUACUGUUAA